UGGGCGUGUCGUGUCAGUGCGGGCCCCGGGAGGUGUCUGCGGGAGCUGGGAACUGUGUGCGGUUCAGCAGGGGGCCGGGAGAGGUGAUGGCUCCUUGCUGCGGCUGUUGAGGAGGGCGGGGGGAGUACCGGGAUGGCUCAGAGCCCCGGGGAGGGCAGCAUGUCCCCCUCUGCCAGCCUGCGGGGGACCAGGGAGACCCUGAGCAGUGACCCCGAGCUCGAGUCCCUGGGCUCAGACUCCGAGAUUAAUGGCUUCCCUCCGGAGAGGAGGACCGACAAGUACGGCUUCCUGCUGAAGAGCGAUGUGGACGGAGCCCUACAGGAGGAUGUGCCAGUUGACGUUCUUAGGCAGAGAGAGGCAAAAUGGCUGGAUAUGCUUUCUAGCUGGGAUAAGUGGAUGGCAAAGCGACAUAAGAAGAUAAAGCUACGAUGUCAGAAGGGGAUUCCACCAUCCUUGCGUGGCCGUGCAUGGCAGUACCUCUCUGGGAGUCGGGUAAAGAUGGAUCAGAACAAAGAUAAGUUUGAUGAGCUGGACAGGAUGGCGGGCGACCCCAAGUGGGUGGAUAUAAUAGAAAGAGACUUACACAGGCAGUUUCCUUUCCAUGAAAUGUUUGUUGCUCGUGGGGGUCAUGGCCAGCAGGAUCUAUUCAAAGUGCUUAAAGCAUAUACACUAUACCGGCCAGAGGAGGGGUACUGCCAGGCUCAGGCUCCAAUAGCUGCUGUCCUGCUCAUGCACAUGCCAGCUGAGCAAGCAUUUUGGUGUCUCGUGCAGAUCUGUGAAAAGUACCUUCCAGGAUAUUACAGUGAGAAGCUGGAAGCUAUCCAGCUGGAUGGAAGGAUCCUGUUCUCUCUGCUCCGUAAAGUGUCCCCAGUUGCCUACAAGCACUUGAGCAAGCAGAAGAUUGACCCUAUCCUAUAUAUGACUGAGUGGUUCAUGUGUGCAUUCUCACGGACUCUUCCAUGGAGCUCUGUCCUCCGUGUCUGGGAUAUGUUUUUUUGUGAAGGUGUGAAGAUAGUUUUCCGAGUGGCACUGGUUCUGCUGAAAUAUACACUUGGUUCCUCUGAGAAGCUCAAGUUGUGUCAGGGUCAGUAUGAGACGAUGGAGAAACUGAAGGCUAUUGAUCCCAAAUACAUGCAGGAGAACUUCCUUAUUGGAGAGAUUGUGGAAUUGCAAAUCACAGAGCGUGAUGUGGAACGUGAGCACCUAAUCCAGCUGAAAAAAUGGAAAGAGGAGUUUGGAGAGUUGCAGUUCAAAUCUCCUCCCCGUAUGCAUGGGGCCAAAGCAAUCAGUGAUUCAGACCCACCAAAUCAUAAACCAUUGGAACACUCCCCAUCCAUCAUUCUCCCACCCAACACAUCUGCAAUUAAAAAGACCAGGGAGCAGAAACAAAUGGAGAAAGAACAAGAGAAGCAGCGAGCAAAGGUUGCAAAAGAGAGGGAAAAGGAGGAGAAAGGGAAAAAGAAACUAGAAAAGAAAAAAAGCAAAGGCAAAGGGGACCAAUCUAAUGGGAAUGUAAAAGAGGAGAAUGGAGGGGAGGGAACAAGAGACCACCGGCAGGAACCGGUUCAGCCUCUGGUUCCCAAACAAAAUCUAAAGGACACCCUAAAAGUGCAUCAAUCAAAUGAGAGUUUAUGCUCCAAAGAGAGUGAAGACACAUAUUUAUAACUUUUUUUUUUUCUUCUUCUGAUCACCCUUUUCACAAGACAUGAUGUAACAACUUCCUGCAUUUAAGAAUCUUAUAGAUCCGUUUCCUUUAAAAAAAAAAUUAAAAAAAAAUGCUUAUUUUUCUUUCUUUUUUUUUUUAUACAUUGUGUAAAAAAUACAUUGUAUUAUUUAAAGGGAAUGUACAGUUCAGUGGAGCUGGGAGGCUACAGACACCAUGUUUUGUAUGUGUCUUUGGAAAACAAUAAUAGUAUUUCUUGGACGUGGUACCUUUUUCUUAAACAUGUGAAAUCCUCAUAACCUACACAGGGCUUUCGUUUUUCUGAGGAUGUGGCUGGAUGCAGCCUGUUGCUCUUACCUUUUGAGGAACUUGUACAUGCUGUACAGAAAUUCUUUACUUUUGCGUGAGCAUAUGUUGUGACCAAUCAGUGGAAGGCUUAGAUGGAAACUGGCAAAUUAAUUACCAAAUAAAGGAAUCAAAUCACAAGAUGUUGGAAUGUCAUCCACACAAUUAAUUUUCUUCAAAAUGACUGGUGUCACUGUAAAAGGUGCUUGACAUAGGACCCUGCACUUUGUACCAUUCCAGAUGUUCUACUGCCGAGUGCAGAGCAUCUUCCACUAUGCACAAAGAUGUAAUUGUUUCCUUUUUACAUGGGACCAGCAAAGCUAAAAUGUGUAGGCUCUCUUUCUUUCUCCCAGAGACACUCUUUAUGCCAAUAAAUGAAUUCAGAGAAUCUUGCUCAGUUUUCAGUACAAAGGAGUGUUUUGUAGUGUGUUUUUUUUUUCUGCUAGGUCUUGUCUGAGAAAAGAAACUCUGCUUGUGUUUUAGUUCUGUAUGAGAGCCUUGGAGAAGAAAUUCUCCACUAUUGGCUGACCAACUGUGACACUAUUCCACCUCUUCUCCUGGAACUACAGGGAAGGGCUCGUAUUCCGCAGUGUAUUAUAUGUUACACUAAACACAGCCAAGCAGGAAUAUUUAUUUAUCAAUGGUAUUAGCUAUUGCAAAAACAAAAACUUAAAUAAAGAAGCUUGCCAAUAUUUAGAUUAAA